AUGAACAAGUACGUCGAAGCCCCAGUUUUCGUCCCUUCGGCCGCCACCAGGCACGAUACGAUGAGCACCUCCCAUGAGGGUUCGUCACCGAACCAGCCUUCGUUUCGAUCUUACUGCAAUGAAUCUGACGUUUCCUACCCUAUAUUAACGCCGUCGCCUCUCAGGCCGACAUUGAGUCUAGGAUGCACGAGUCCGAGGAGCAGCAUGAGCACAAACACCAAGCAGCAGCAGCGUCAGCAGCCUGGGUGGUCGGCCUUCAUGUCUCCAAACUCGUUCGAGAAACUGUACACCGAGAAGGCCUAUCUGACGGCUUCACUUGAGACCCAGGGUGAUAAAGAAGUGAACCUCAUGAGGAGGCUAUCCAUUUUGCAGGAGAAUAUCGGAAACGGGUUGCCGUCCGACGAGCGACGCCGGUCGCGGAAGAAGACUGCCUUGCUGAAGAGCAAGAUCAUGGAGGCAGCGGCGCAGAAGAAGGCCAUCCUCCUCAGGCUCGGCGACAUCUACGUGGAGCUCCAGAGCCGGGAGACGUGGGUGCAGGUUCAGAGCGAACUCUACCAGCGACAGCGCUCCUGGUGGUCCACAGACUCGCCCGGUACCGCCUACGCGACGACGCCCUCGGACGUGGCGUCCAUGAUACCGACGCCAUUGGACGCCGCCUCGCCCAUGUUCUUUCCCAUGGGCUGCCACCCAUCCUACGGCACGUGGGAGGCCAUGACGCCCUGCUGCGAGUCUCUGAUGCAGGCUUCGCAAGAUGGGUCACCGUACGAGUCUUGGCCAGAGGGCAAUGUGGUCGUCGGCGACCGCGCAGAUGAGCUGGAAAACCGCGGCUUACGGUUCGAGUACAGAUCCCAGACAUCGCUUCACUACGGCAACAGAGACGGGAAUCACCAGCCUUUCUUCAAUGAGACCAAUUCCCGACGGCCCAACAGGAGAAUGAGUCUUCCCUCGUUAAAGUGUCUCUGGCCAGGGUCCGAGAAAUCUGGUGGCCCGUAA